GUCUCCGUUGGGACUCUGCCGUGGUGCCCCGCUUUGGACGGAUGAGUGUUUGUUUGUUUGUUUGUUUGUUUGAGGUGAUGGCGCAAGGACAAUUUGGUAUGUAGAAGGGAUUUGGAAUGGAAUGGAGGGGAGAGGGAGGAAGGGUAAGAAGAGUGGUGAAGAAUAAGAAAGAGGGAUGAUGGUGCGACCGAGUGAUAGAUAGGAAGGAAGGAAGGGAGGAAGGAAGAGGAGUUGGUGGAGGAGAAGGUUUUUAGCGAGGGAGCUCUUUUGUAAGCCACUCUUCGGUCACUUGAUAGAUAGAUAGAUAUGGAUGGGGCUCCCACGGCUGGAGAGUCAGGGUAAGGGAGAGCUUGAGCAAGUUACCGGUGAAGGUGCUGGCGAAGGUGUAUGCCAGAAAUCUUUCAAAAUAGUUUUAGAAAGAAAAUGCUGGAAAUUAGUACCCAGUAGUUCUUGAAGUCGACAUCUCUUGCUGUGAGAACCUUGGCAUUAAUGAAAAUGGAUGGGUUAGAGAUUGAGAGGCACUUCGUUCGAAGAAGGCUGGAUCCGUUUAGCAAAUGUGACUGAUAAACAAUCUCUCUCUAAAAUCGUUACAAAAGUGUCGGUACUCAAAUAUUUGAGUUGCACCCUGUUGCCCCUUUAUCAAGGAACGAGCUUGUGUUUUCAAUUAAAUAAGUAGGCGAAGAAUUGUUGGUUUACUUAGUGAGCGUCUUAUUUCGAAUACACGAGUUUCUUUUGGAAGGGUGUGGAAGAAGUGCUUUGCCUCUAUAUCUGAAGAAGAGAUGGUUUCAAAAAAGAUUCAAGGGACAUGUAAACUUUGAAUUCCACAUAGUUAUCUCCUUUUACAUCCUGCUAGUAUUAGUCAUCUGGACAGUGGAAGGUUCACAGCAAGAACAGGACCAAUUUGGCUUUGAAAUAGUUUAGAAGUUCGGAUUUUAGUUUCUAUAAAGAGUACGGAAGAUUGCCUCCUAUACAUUUGUUGUUAGAGUCAGUGUAGGAUACCCUGUUGGUUCGAAGGCUUUUGUAUGCAUGGGUGCUAUGGCCGCACCAGGUAUUACAUCCCCUGCCCGUAUCAAGCUGACGGACUUGAUUGCCCUUGAUGGGCUUCCUUCGGAGAAUUAUAAGCUCGCUGUGGCAAAUCUCGCCCAGUCGCUUAGAAGUUUUAACGCGGCCAUCAUCCAAGUUCCUGAGUCUGAGAAUGUGCUGCUACGAUGUGUACUGGACUCGGUCCGCAUGUUUUUCCAUUCGAAGCCCGUGGUGGGUGCAGAUACUCUACACGUGGAAGACCUACAGAAUUGGAAUAACACUGUUGGUUACUACGCUGAACCUCAACAUUCCAAAGAGAUCUUUGAUUUCCGACCUGGGAGGAUGAAUGUAGGAGGGGCUGCCGUGCUUGAGCUGCCACCUACCGGUUUGCCCGAGCUUUUUGCUUCGUUAGGCAGGGCAGCUCGCAUUAUCUUGGAUGCCAUUUCUAUCUCGCUCGAGCUCCAAAGUUUUUCAUUUACAGACCUCUUGGAUAAUGUUCCUUUGAAGGAGGGAGAAACGGCCACUUCAGUUCUAUCAAGUUGCUGCCAUAAUAGACCUGGAGCUCAUUUUUCAGCAAACGUGAUGAAUCCCGUGCAAGCAGCACCUCCACACUCCGAAGGAGACGCAGAAAAAGGGCUGCUGACCCUACUCAAAUCUGACAAGCCAGGUCUUCAAAUACGUGACGUACAAGGUCGGUGGUUUGUCGCGGACGCAGACUUGGAUCCCCAAGACAUGGUCCUCUUUACUGGAAUGUCUCUCUAUCAAGCUACUGGAGGCUACCUUGGUCCAUCUAAGCAUCGAACAGACAACAUUGCUGACCUUGGUCAGGCACAAGGGUCCAUGCCGUUUGGCCGGUGCACUGUGGCUUUCAAACUAAUGCCCAGUUCAUCUGCCAUCCUACAUUGUUCAGCAAUGACCAAUGCAGGUCAUCAUGUAGGAGGCCAUUUCCAGCAGCCAAUACCUGUUCAAGAUUUUAUGCAGCGAUCAGUGGACCAGCUUUCGAGUCGAUCCGGUGUUUCUGCUUUCUCUUUUGCAGCUCCACUUGAAGUUAUCGUUCCUGCUACUGCUCAAUCGAAGGCAGCGAUGAAACGGAAGAAGCAAGCAUCUCGAGGUAAACCUCUCGCUCCUUCAAAGCGGUUACGGCUUGAAGCUCAACGUGUGCUUAAGGAACGAGUUCAAGAAAUUGCUGACAGCAAAGGCUUGAAGAUUCGAUACUGCAAUUUGAAGGAGUGCGAGGAGCAACACCUGAACGCAAUGAACAGUCCUUGUGCAGCAUUGCGAGCGCAGAUGGGAUGGCCUGCUGGUGUCCCAUUUGUUCAUCCUCACGACCUGCCUAACAAAGCAAAACAGGCUUUUUUAGAAGCCUAUGAACCUGGCUGGACAGCGGCUCAGGAUGCAGAGCUUCCGAUGCGGGACGCCAGCCAAGCCCAACAUAGCCAUAUGUUUAGUUUGCUCCAAGUAAUGUGGCGUAGUCCUCAUGAAGUGACAGGAGCACAGCAAUGCGGCGAGGACCAACGAUGUCCCCUCAAGCCGACGAUGAUGGAGGAUCGACGGUUCACUAUGAAGGCAGUGUUUGAUUAUUUGCGAGCGAAAGGGAAGCCUGUUCCAACUGGAAAACCGCAGGUUCUGGGACACAAAGUGGAUAUCAGUGGUUUGGCCAAAGCCUCUUUCGAAGCAGGAGGGCUAGCCCAGUUUGGUGCAGAGAGUGGCUUUCAGCGUUUCAUCGGGGCUCACUUCCAGCUAGAAACUGCGUCAGAGCGUGACAAGGAGCGGGCCCUGGAGAGACUCGAAAAGCUUUACGACCAAGUUUUAUCUGAUUACGUUGAGGACUUAGUUGCCAGCAGUCAGCAAGUUGGCUGAUCUGAAGAAGCAUCAGCAGACAGUAGCAGUCAUGAUUCUAAUUUUAGCUUCCUUGAUGAAAUCUUGGGCAACUCAUCAUUAUGGCCAUGGCAAUCGUGAAGACAAACUUUGCUGAAAUUCAAAGCCACUGCACUAUCAUGGUUGGCAGUGUUCUUGAGCACGUUAUACGGACUGAGUUUUUGACAAGCAGUAGGAUGAUGUCUAAAUAUCCUCGAGGAUUAAUGUGGAAUAUGCAGGUUGUCCUCUUAUAUUCUUGUCCACGUUCUUGUUCGUCUUAACUUCAGAAUGUGCUCUUCCCAGCUCUCGAAGUUAUAACCAUAGUCUUUGCGGGUUGCACCUCCUCAUUUGUCAACGUGUUGCAACUAAGCUGGCUUGAAUAGCAAAAAUUGCGCACAGUAAGUAAAAAGUUUAACCUCUUUUGGGUAGUAAGAAGUAGGAUGCUGAAAUGAAUUUUGGAGUUCAUUAAUUUUUCUUUAUUUUAAUGUUGAUUAUAUAGCAAGGAGUUCGAGUGAAUUUAUUCAUUGAGUACUAGCAAGCUCUUAGGGCUUUCAAUAGUGUAGGAGCUAAUCUGAACAAGUCUUGAUAAUGUUUUUGAGAUGGAUUGGUGAUUUGUAGUCUACCGUUGUAAGUAGAGUGGCAAGAAGUUUGGAAGUAGUUUAGACUUCCAUCCACAGAAUCUUGUGGUGAAAUUUUAAUCAUUGGACUAUUCCAAAUGCAAUUCUAAAAAUUUUGUUUUGUAGUA